AUGUAUCACGUAGUUUUAUCACAAUCUGAAAAAACAAUGAGUGAAAUAAACCGAAUAAUGAAAUUGUUCCAAGAACGAACACGUAAAGAACUUCCAGCUUCGUCAUCACUUACGCAUAUUCAGGAAAAUGAAAUUGCUGAUCAGUUGUUUAAUGUAUUCGAGUCAAUAUGGACAAGCACGUCAUACAAUGAAGAAAAUGAAAUUACCCUCGAUCAUAAUACAAUGGAUAAUGAAAUUGAGGAAUGCGAGGAAGAUUUGGAUUACGAAGCAAAAGACGAAGAAAAUCCGGUGUUCGAAUCAUUUUCUUUGUCAUAUAUGAAGCGAGCGCUUGAUUAUUAUGAUGCAAUUAAUCCAAAAACGGGAAAACGAUCUCAUACAUGGAGAAAUGUUCAGAACAAAUUUAGAAGAAUCAAAGAUCAAUCGUAUAUGUCCCGCGUCCGAGACUAUAUUGAGAAAGGGGGAACGAAGAAACAAAAGGUAGUAACAAAGCGUGAGAUCGUCAAUGAAGCUAAAAUUAAAAAAUCAGCUGAUCAAUUUGUUUCUGAAGUUAAAUCAUUGUUACCUUAUUAUAAUGAAGAUUUCGUAUUUAAUACAGAUCAAGCAGGACUUCAGCUUGAGUUUCCCUCAAUUCGAACUCUCUCAUAUCAAGGAGAAAAGAGGACACUUGCCACCGUACGUUCAGUAAAUGCAACUACUCAUAGUUAUACGGUUCAACCGACGAUAACCAUGAGUGGUAAGAUCUUCGGCCCUGUUUAUAUAUGUCUCAAAGAAGUAAAUGGUCGAAUGAACGAUAAUAUUAAAGCAAAUCUUCCGCAGUUGAAGAAUGUUGUUGUUACAUACAGCGCAUCAGGAAAAUUAACUACGUCAUUAGUUGAAUAUUGGCGUAAUGAGUGUCUUAUUCCAUCACUGACAUCACAGUCUGUAUUACUUCUUUCUGAUAGUUGGCCUGGACAGACAUAUGGAAAAGGCAUUUAUGAAUCAAUUAAAAGACUUAAGCGACUAGAAAUUCCAUGGAAAACAACUUCUACCAUUCAGCCGCUAGACGUCUUCUUUAAUAGACAAUGGAGAGUGAUCGUUCGUAGGGUUCACAAGCGUCUUCUUCUUGAUGAAAUAGAUAUUCAUCUUGCACAAAGAAACGUAGUUCAGUAUGUCGAAGACUGA